AUGUCUACCAUGACGACCACCGCCACCACUCAACAGCUCCCUCACCACACGGUCGUUUCCCAGGACUCCAUCUCUCCAGCUGAAAAUAGCGCCGUUUUCCAGGCCCUCGCUCGCGGUGACAAAAAUGGCAAACUCAAGCUCCGAGGGAUCCCCUCGUUCACUGAUCCCCUAGCUAAGCGCCAAUGGGUGCGCGAGCACAUGGCCGCUGCUUUCCGAUUCUUUGGAAAACAGGGCUACGGGGAGGGCGUUUCGGGACAUAUUUCAGUGCGAGAUCCCGUCCUCCCCGAACAUUUCUGGAUGAACCCAUUCGCCAAACACUUUUCGCUUAUGAAAGCGUCCGAUCUGGUUCUUGUCGAUGCGAACGGAUACGUGGUUGAGGGUGGUAACCAGGCUGUUAUUAACGAGGCUGGAUUCAUGAUUCAUUCCGAGGUGCAUCGCGCCCGACCGGAUGUCAUGGCUGUGGCGCAUACACAUAGCAUGUAUGGGAAGACGUGGAGUGGGUUUGGAAAGCCGGUGGAGAUGAUUACGCAGGAUGCAUGCAACUUCUACGGCAAGUUGAGCGUAUAUGAGGAACAUGGUGGAAUUGCGCUUGCGCAGGACGAGGGUAUAGCCAUUGCCAAGGCACUGGGGAAGGAGAACAUUGCGUCCAUUUUGCAGAACCAUGGGUUGAUCACCGUAGGCUCCACAGUCGACGAAGCGGCUUUCCUAUUCUAUAGUCUCGAAAAGGCGUGUCACUCGCAAUUGAUGGCUGAGGCUGCGGCCGCGAACGGAGUGCCGAAGAAGAUUAUCACGGACAAAGUGGCCCAGUUCACGGCGGACUCGGUGCAGGAUCCGCAUAACUUUUAUCUUGAGUUUCAGCCGGAGUUCGAGCUUGUUGUGGAGGAGUCUGCAGGCAAGGUUCUCCAGUAG